ACUGUUCCGCUGGCGCUGGCGGUCCUGGCCAGACCGACGAUUAUUAAUAAUGGUCACGCGCGCGGAACUUUGCAUUGCAAUUUCAGGGCAGUCAGUUGCCAUCGCGGCGUCCCGACAAUCGGCUGUGUCCUGGAGUGUCCUUUCCACGGAAAGCCCCAAGAAAAUCAAUACUAAUGAGCCAUUAAACGUGGCCUCAGCUGCAGUCGGCCGUGGUCUAAUGAGCUGAGUGGCGGCGAAAAUUGAGUGCUGGAUCUAACCGAGCGGCUGCAGCAGGAAAUCGCAUCAUCGCAUCAGCAUCGUCCUCAACGGAAACGGUAAAGGUAAAGGUAAAAGCAGCUCCCAAUCGGAAGUCUUAGGCGUAAUGCCUUUCGCCUGAGCGGCUGCGUAGCAUGGGCUGCUCCAGUUCCAAGUCCACUGCCUCUGAAGAAGACCCCAAGUCACCCAAGCCCGUUUCGGCCAAGUCUGGAAGGACCAAAAUGGACGCCAAGAAGGAGUACCCUGCCUCGGAGGCAUUUACCAUUCCGCUGGACACCGAAGAAAACGCGGAGAUGCCGCUGAACGAGACAAUGCGCCAGCCCCCGAAGAGGAUUCAGCAGAUGCUGCAGGAGGCGGCCAGCGCGGAGCCACCCACCUUGGAGGAGCUGGAGGACAAGCAGCAGAAGGCCGAGCAGAGGCGGCAGGAGCUGAUGCAGCAGAAGCUGGAGACCAUCCAGAAGAACGCCCAAAUGCUGAUGAGGAGUCCCGAUGAAAAUCCGGGGGAUCCCGAGAACACCAAGGAAGAGGAGACCCCCGAAAAGGAGUAG